AUGCCUGCACCUGUAAUCGAAAAGGAAUAUAACGGGCGCCGCGUAGCCCGUAAGACGGCUACCGAACUAGCCAGACAAUAUGCCGACCUCAUCGAGGGUAAAGUUAUACUAAUUACAGGUGUAUCGCCCAUGGGGUUAGGGGCUGCCUUCAUCGACUUCAUCGCACCAAUGCGUCCCGCUACGCUAAUUCUCGCCGGCCGUAGUCCUAGUAAAAUGCAACAAACAGCAGACCAUGUUUCCGCAGUAUCACCAGAUAUUAAGGUCCGCAUGGUAAAACUGGAACUUGAAUCUCAAGCUGCCGUACGCUACGCCGCUGCUACCGUCAUGGAGUGGUCGGACGUUCCUCACAUCGACGUUCUUGUCAAUAACGCUGGCGUCUGUGCUAUUCCCAGGGCCGUCACCGAAGACGGUUUCGAGAAGCAGUUUGCGGUCAACCAUCUAGGCCCUUUCCUAUUUACAAACCUGAUAAUGCCUAAGCUUCUGGAGUCCGGUGCCCCUCGAGUCGUUAAUAUCGGUAGUGAUGGUCACAACCUUAGCCCGAUCCGGUUUGAAGACCCAAACUUUCGAGAUGAAUCGUCCUACCACACUUGGAUAGCUUACGGUCAGUCUAAGACUGCUAACAUGCUGAUGGCGCUCUCGUUGGCUGAGAAGCUUGGACCGCGGUAUAAUCUCCAUGCUUUCAGCGUGAACCCGGGAACCGUCCAGACGAAUCUUGCAGCAUUCCUCGACUGGAAACGCUCCUUUGCAGAUUUAGCCAAAACAUCUCGUCUACUGGGCCUCGCCGGGGGCUGGAAGCAAGACCGCGACUUUCAGACCAUAGAUGAGGGUACAGCCACUUACGUGUACGCUGCAUUUGACCCAGAGAUCACGGCCCACAACGGCGCACACCUCCUGGGGUGCCGCCUAGCCGACCCCUGGAAAGACGGGAUUAGGGCCUGGGCGACGAGCCCCAUCGAAGCCGAGUUGUUGUGGAGGAUGAGCGAGGAGUUAGUCGGCCAAGAAUUUGUGUACUAG